UCCCAUCACCAAAGGGAUGUACGAUUCCAGCAUCAAUCAAGAAGAGGUCACGUUUUUCUUCCACCAUCAUCUUGCUCACUACAGCCAAAAAUCAAGACAAAAAGAUCUUCCCAGCUGAUAACAAAUUUCACGUUCACGCGGAUUUCCUUCCCAUGAAAUCAGCAAUUUUCCUCACCUCCUCUAACCCAUUUUAUUCUCUCUCAACCUCUCGAAUUUCCUUUUUGCCCUCAUCUUACCCACUCUAUAAUACCAGUGUUCACACUCAUUGAAAGGGGAGGAAGAAAAUACGUUGAAACUCAGUCCAAUUUUGUUCAUAACUUCCUCCAAAGAAAAACUGUGAACACAGAUGAACAACCUUCAUAACCAUAAUCACCAUAUCAACUUCAAAAAACCUGUAAUCUUCAUAAACUCAUAGAUCAUUUUCUUACUCAGCAUCAUCGCAUCGGAUUUCGUUUUUACUCAGCAACACAACUUCAACGUCACUGAUCCAAGACAACAACAGAAUUAGCAACAACAACACAGUAGAUCCAGCCUCUUCUUCAACGCGCAACAAUAGUGAAUCCGUAGCAACAACGCAUCACUUUCAUAGCAUCGACGCGGAAUCAACGGAAGCAUCACCAUCGAACUCACCAGCAACGAACAACAUCGGCAUCUCAGCAGCAAUAGCUUGUAGAUUGCGCUUCCAACGGUUAUUUGCAUAAGGUUUUAUUUGCCAAAGUCAUUAAGGCAAAUUGUUCUUCUCAAAUGCAGCUAGCUUUUUCUUUCAUCAUCAGGACUUUUGUCUUCCUCCCACUCUUCUUAAGUGUUACUCCAGAUGAAAUAGACAAAUCUUGUACACCUUUUAACUGCGGUAAUUUCAUUAACGUAACAUAUCCUUUUUGGAAUUUUAACACUCAGCCAAGUUAUUGCGGACAUCCCGGAUUUAAGCUUUAUUGCCAAAAUGGUCACUUGACCAUUGAAAUUAAGUCCCAAGAAUUCCGUAUUCUUCAUCUAAACCAAACUUCUCAACUUUUAAGGAUUUCUAGAGAAGACUUUUAUGAUUUAGAUGCUAAUCAUAAAAGAUAUUGUCCUAAGGAUUAUAUUAAUGUGGACGUGGAUUCGCAUUUUUUCAACUACACUGCCAAUAAUGAAAACUAUACUGCAUUAUAUGACUGUGGCCCUUUUCCUUCAUAUUUGAUUCCUGAAAUUUCUGAUGUCUUUCUUUGCCUAAAAGAGGACAUAACACAGGAAGUAUAUGUAGUCCGAAAUUCUAAAUUGGCUGAUUUUGUUACUAUGAAGUGUAAAAAUAGUAUCACAAUUCCGGGAAUAAAAUACAAAGAUUCCAAUUCCACGGAUGCCGUGAUGAGUUUUUUAGAUAAAGGGUUUGAGGUUAAGUGGGGAGGAGUGGGAGAAGAUAAAUGUCAUGCUUGCAUAAGUUCAGGUGGAAUAUGUGGCUUUAAAAACUCAAAAAACACAUGUCUCUUACACAGAUCCUUGUCAUCGAAAGUAGCUGCCGCAGGAACAUGGAAUUUGAAAAAGAGACUCCUUGUUGGUGUUAUUUCUAUGACAUUGGCCACACUCGUUAUUGCAAUCAUAUAUAUUUAUAGGCGCCGACACAGUAAUCGCGAUGUUGAAUCAGAUGCACAAUCUGUGAUACUGACUUCUCAUCCGUCGAGACUAGAAAGUCAACGAUUUGCUAGAAAUAAAUAUUUUGGUGUUCAGUACUUUACAUCUGAUGAUCUUAAGCAAGCCACAAAUGAUUUCUCAAAGCAAAUAGGAGAUGGGGCCGGAGGGACUGUAUUUUAUGGAGAAUUACCUGAUGGUCGUCGUAUUGCGGUUAAGGAGAUUCAUAACAACCUUGGAGAUGAUCAAUUCAAUAAUGAGCUCGAUACCUUAUCAUAUCUAGCUCAUCCAAACCUGGUAUCUUUAUAUGGAUGCACUACUUCACAACUUCAAGAACCUAUGAUAGUAUAUGAGUAUGUUUCCAAUGGAACUGUAAAUGAGCAUCUUCAAGGUCAAAGAGAAACACAUGGGAACCUACCGUGGAGCAUCAGAAUGAAUAUUGCCGUGGAGACCGCUAGUGCUUUGAAGUAUCUUCAUGCGUCUAAUAUUAUCCAUAGGGAUAUCAAAACUAGCAAUAUUCUUCUUGAUGAUGAUCUUCAUGUUAAACUAGCAGAUUUUGGAAUAUCACGCAUUUUUCCAUCGGACCAAAGCCAUGCCUUAACCGAACCAAGAGGGACUGUAGGUUAUGUUGCUCCUGAAUGCGUAGCCCAUGAAGACCAAAAGCACUGUGAACUUACUUAUAAAAGUGAUGUAUUCAACUUUGGAGUAGUAUUGGUGGAGCUUAUAACAUCUCUCCCUGCUUAUUAUGAUUUUAGACCUGUGAAAAAUCUUCAUGAAAUGGCUAUUACGAGAAUCCAAAAUGGAACAAUGCAUGAACUUGUGGACAGUACCCUUGGUUAUGGUUCGGAUCCCAAUGUAGAGAAAAUGAUAAAUCUUGUGAUAAAGCUAGCAGGUGAGUGUUUACAUGAAUCCAGACAGGCAAGGCCUACCAUGAAUAAAGUGUGGCUAACUUUACAAGAAAUUCAGCGUGUGGGUAAGAAUGAAAUGCAACAUGAUGACAUGAACUUAGAAGGCACUAAUGAUGAGAUUCAGUUGUUAAAUCAAUUCAUGACCACCUAAUUCCUGUCCUCAGAACUAAUACUCAACACCAGAACUCAAGUCAUAGUGAUGAUGAUAGAUCGCUGGAAGAAUUGCUGCUUGGUUGGUCAUUUUUUUAGAAUCCAAUGGGUUGAAGUGGACACUAGAUUAUAAUAAUACAUACCUUGUUUGGUUGUGGUACGAGUGUUAGAUUAUUAGAUGAUAACACGUUUUAUUUAUUAUUUGACUUGUUUCUGUCAGAAUUAUUCUAGGUUAGUUAGAUUAUGUGUUAAUAAUGUUCCUAUUUGUUUCUGUUAGAAUUAUUCUAGGUUAGUUAGAUUAUGUGUUAAUGUUCCUAUAUUUUAGGAACAGCCUUGGACCUAUUCCUAUGCAACUAACAGGUGAUAUUUAGGUAGUUAGUCAGGGACGUGAUUAGUGGGCAGAAUAGGUUGCGUUGUUGAUUCAGUUAAUGUGUAGUUUGUAAGGCUAUUUAAGCCAAAACCUUUCUUAAUUAAAUGCAAGUUGUUUCUGUAGUUGUCAAUGAGG